UGAACUGUAAACACAAGCUCUACAUUUCCAAGGGAAUAGGUCUAGUUUCUCUGCACUUCUCUUCUUCUAAGCGCUUUUUACGAUCACUCUCAAUUAUUCUUGACAUCUUUUUCAUCUGAUCCUAAUACCAUAUGAUGAAGGGUGUUGCUACUGCUUCCAAUGAGGAUAGAGAAAACAUGUUCCUCACGUUAGCAGUUGAAGAAGCAUAUAAAGCGGUUGAAACUGGCGAUGGUUACCCAUACGGCGCAGUUAUUGUUCGAAAUGAUGAAAUAGUUGCAAGCUGUCAUAACAUGGUUGGAAGAAACACUGAUCCCACUGCUCAUGCUGAGAUUACUGCUAUAAGAGAGGCUUGUCGAAAGCUGAAUCAAGUUGAACUUGCUGACUGUGAGAUUUAUGCUUCUUGUGAGCCUUGUCCAAUGUGCUAUGGUGCAAUUCUUUUUUCCAAAUUCAAGAAAGUGGUUUAUGGAGCUAGAGCAGAAGCUGCUGUGGCUGUUGGACUUGAGAGUAACGUUGCUGAUGCACUGCAGGACAGUAGCUUUUAUGAGAAGGUGAACAUGGAGAUCAAAAAGGCUGAAGGUAGUGUCGCUGUAAUUGCGGAACAAGUAUUUGAGAAUACCAAAGACAAGAUUGUUAUGCCCUCAGUUGCUUAAUCAUCUCAUCAAGUGUGAACGCAAGUUUCAGUUUGUUCAAUAAAACUUGUUCAAGUAACAAGGGUGGAGUUAAAGUUCAAUAAAACUUCAGUUUCUUACUAUAACCA